AUGCCGAGUCAUCAUUUCAGCACAAAUCGCUUUGAACAAAACCUGGUAUAUCUUGACGAUUACCUUGACACUCUAGAGUCAUUGCCUGCAGAGAUGCAACGCAGCUUCACCCUAAUGCAGCAACUUGACGCAAGUGCACAAGAAAAAUUCGACAAGGUCGCCGAACUUUCCGUGCAACUGAUAGAGCAUAUACACGAACUCAGUCCAGAGGAUAGAGUGGAGCAACUCAAAAAGCUUAGCAGCAAUCUGUCGGCGACCGGAAAAUUCGCCGAAGAAAGGGUGUCUCUUGCUACAUCGACUUAUGACACCGUAGACCGUCAUAUUAGAAGGUUGGACGACGACCUUCAAAAGUUUGAGGACGAGCAAAUGACGGGACCUGGCAGAAUAAACUCUUCAACCACCGUUUCUUCCUCCCGCGAAGAACCUCGCAAGCAAGCUCCAAAGAAUGAAAAAGAUAAAAAAGAGAUAAAAUCGGAAAAACGAACGACCAACGGCGUUGAAACGAACGCAAGAAAGAAAAGCAAAACGGUGAAAGAUACGGGAACUCCACCACCAUCCAAAAACAAUGGAGACAAAGAACGCGAAAAAACCUGGAAAGGUUUCGAGAAAGAAAGAGAACGGAAAGAACAACAAAAAAGUUUCAUCCGAAAAGUCGACCACAAACGGGGACACGCAAACU